GGCGCGGCGGGGGCGGGGCGGCGGGGCGGGGCGGCGGCGGGCGGGCGGCAUGGGGGUGCCGGGGCCGCGGGCGCUGCGGGCCGGGCUGGCGCUGGGCGCCCUGGCGCUGCUGCUCCAGGGGCUGCGGGCCUGGCUCGCCGCCAAGCGCUACGAGUUCCAGGCGGCCGAGAUCGCCCAGCUCGCCCGGCACCACGCCGGGCUGGACCACGAGCUGGCUUUCUCCAAGAUCAUCGUGGAGCUGCGGAGGAAGCACCCGGGCCACAUCCUGCCGGACGAGGACCUGCAGUGGGUGUUCGUGAACGCGGGCGGCUGGAUGGGCUCCAUGUGCCUGCUGCACGCCUCGCUCACCGAGUACGUGCUGCUCUUCGGCACCGCCGUCGACACCGGUGGCCACUCGGGUCGGUACUGGGCGGAUAUCUCUGACACCGUCAUCUCGGGGACCUUCCGGCAGUGGAAGGAGGGAACCACCAAAAGUGAGAUCUACUAUCCGGGGGACACCAUCGUGCACCAGGCGGGAGAGGCCACGUCCGUGCAGUGGAGCGCGGGCACCUGGAUGGUGGAGUACGGCCGGGGCUUCAUCCCCUCCACGCUCGCCUUCGCCCUGGCUGACACCCUCUUCAGCACUCAGGACUUCGUCACCCUCUUCUACACCCUGCGGGUCUACGCCAAGGGCCUGCUCCUGGAAGCCAGUGCCUUCUUCAGCACUAUGGCUUGCUGAGCCCGGCUCGCCGGGGUGCUCUGCAAGGUAGAGCCGGCUCCUCUUCUCCCAGCCUUCCUCCCUCCUUCUCCUCCUCCUCCUUCCCGGGACCAGGCUCUAGCAGAGGCAGCAGAUCCCCUGCGCCUCUCCCACUCUCUCCGACCUUCCCCCCGUGCCCGCUCGGCUGAGCACCAAGCCGACCUUGCACCCUGCACCAGCGGGUGCCAGGACGGAUGGACCGUGGCAGAGUCGCAGCAGUGCGGAUCCCCAGUUCCCUCUCCCCCUCGCCUGUCCCCUUUAGUGCAGAGCCUUCUCCCGCUUUUCCAUCUGCCAGGGACAGCUGCCUUGCACCAGAGCGGCCUUGCGAGACAUGAAGGCCCCUUUGUGCUCUCAGAGGAGCUGGGGCUGCCCGUCCCCAGGCUCCACAAAAUUCCCGCAGCUCCUGAGACGUGAGGAAGACAAUGCCAGUGCAAGCCAGGCUGCACCAUCCCUCUCAGGGCAGGGAGCGUGGGGAAAGCUUCCAGAGACGCGUCUCUGCGGGCAGCACGCGGCGUAGAGGGACGCUGCGAGGCUCCCCAUCUCCUCCUGGGCUGGCGAGCUGCCCCGGGCUGCGGUCAGUGCAGAGAGCAACCUGUCCAGCUGGCAGCUCCUCCCGGUGGCUCGGAGCCCGGCUGAUGUGUUUUGGCAGCACACAGUGUCCCCCUGGCACAGGCCAGAGGCCACUCUGUGCUGGGACCCCCAGGCAGCCGGGGGACGCCCGGCCUCUGUGCCGGAGGUCUGUCCCAGCGUGCAAGUCGCUCAGAGGGGCGGAGGCUGGAAGAGGGUCCCUUUCCCCUGGUCCCCCCCCCCCCAUCCAUUCCCCCAAAAGGGGAGCGCCACCGUCUGUCGCCUUAACCGAGAGCCCAUUCUGCGGUGGCCCCCAGGCUAUGCACAUAGGUAGUGUCUGCGGGUGCUGGGGAGCACCAGCCGGGAGGUGCUGUGGGCGCCCAGACCUCUAUAUUAGCUCAGGACAGGACCUCACCCCUCCGAACACUUCCCCUGGCUGAGAUACCCCGGCCCCGACGUCCCUGAAUCUCCCGUCCCUGCUGCCUCCAUCUCUAACUAAUGGGUUGAUGGAGGCGCUGACCGGAGGCCUGCCGGGGGGACGGCAGCCCUGCUCCCCGCAGGAGCGGAGAGCCCGGAUCAGCUCCUUGCUCAGCCCGGGAACGGCCCCACGGAGCACCAGGGUCCGGCCAUGGAGGGAGCUGGCACAAAGGGAGCGAACAGGGCAUGCAGCUGGGAGCCCCGGGCCCCCCCAGCUGCACCCCAGCUCCGCUCACUGCUAGGCUCCUUGGUGGAGGGCUUUAACCUCAGCGCGGUUCCCAAAGUGAUGUGGCCACCCUGGCCACCAGGCCUGCAGCCUGUCCCUCCUGCUGCUCCUCAGACUGUCCUCGUCCCACCAACCAGCAGCCCUGCACAUGGGCUACUUCUGAACUUGCCACUCAAAAAAAAAGAUGUCAGUAAUAAACAUGUUCAUCCGACCA